AUGGCUAUAGCGAAGGGAGACGUAUUCAGAUGCGGAGAGACCGCGACCCACGCCAUGCAAGACUACGCUUUGUCGAUCUCGAAACGCGUCAAGGUGGCAGGGUCCGGAGGAGGGCACAGGCGGUUCGUGUGUAAAUCGGAGGAUUGCAAGUUUUUCGUCCAGCUUUAUCAGCGCAAGUUAAACGGAAAAAAACUGCCUACAUGGUACAUCAGCUCGCUGGACUUGGAGCACGUCAAUUGUACCUCUGUCCCAAAAAUGACCAGCCGUCAACUGCGCGCUGAACCAGUCUUCCGCAAUGCCGUCCUCUCGAAUAUUUCUGCAACAGCCCCGGAGCUUAUCGCCCGAGUUCAACGAAUGAAGAGUGUUCUGCUGCCAAACAGCAGCAUCGUGUACCGGUCAAAGAAUGCCCUCACAGAAGGCACCGCGGAGACGCAAGCGCAGUGGUAUCAGCGUAUACCUUCCCUACUGGAGAGUUUUGCAGCGGCUAAUCCUGGCUCCUAA